AUGAUCGAAGGCUUGAUCUCCUUCACAGCGCAGUUUAGCGGGCUGCAAGGUCCGUUGAGGCACAUUAGAACGAAGCAGCUGGCUUUCAGCGUGCUGGAGGUAGAGCCGCAGAUUUGGAUGGUGCUCGUAAUGAGGCACGCCAUGGUCAAUGCAGAUUCGCGGGGUGGGGAGCCGAAGUUUGAUGAGGAAAGCCUUCCAGAGAGCACGCUGCAGGCCUAUACCUGCCGGAUCAUUGCAGCUCCUGCCUACCCCUCUUGCCCCAGCAGCUCCGAAUGCUCUGUUUGGUUCGACAUCGAAGUGAUUCUGCGAAGCGGAGAAAGUAAGCCAGACUUUCCACUGCGACACAACAUUUAUUGCCGGUACGGUAAAGCAGUUGAUACAUCGACCAUGUCGACCAGAGGCAAGAUUGGCAGGCAGGCUGUCGCAGCAUAUCUCCAGAAUCCAGAGGAUGCCAUACCAGAGGAGCUGUUGCAAGAAGAGCUCGCAGAUGAGGAGGCGGAUAUGGUGACCGCCUGA